CUACAACAGAAAAUUCCUUAUGUAUAAUUGGGCCACUUCAGAUCUCGUUUUCCUGUGAGCACAAUACGCUUCUGGAAUUUCUAAUCAACCCUGAUCAGUACAAGAUGGACCCCGUAGUCUUGAGUUAUAUGGACAGUCUACUGCGGCGAUCAGAUGUCUCACUGUUGGAUCCUCCAAGCUGGCUCAAUGACCAUAUCAUUGGAUUUGCCUUUGAGUACUUUGCCAACAGUCAGUUUCAUGACUGUUCUGACCAUGUCUGCUUCAUCAGCCCCGAAGUUACCCAGUUCAUCAAGUGCACUAGCAACCGAACAGAGAUUGCCAUGUUCCUUGAACCCCUGGACCUCCCCAACAAGAGAGUUGUAUUUUUAGCCAUCAAUGAUAAUUCCAACGAGGCAGCUGGGGGAACCCAUUGGAGUUUGUUGGUUUAUGUACAAGAUAAAAAUAGCUUUUUUCACUAUGAUUCCCAUAGCAGAAGCAACUCAGUCCAUGCAAAGCAGGUAGCAGAGAAACUGGAAGCUUUCUUAGGCAGAAAAGGAGACAAACUGGCCUUUGUGGAAGAGAAAGCCCCUGCUCAACAAAACAGCUAUGACUGUGGGAUGUAUGUGAUUUGUAACACUGAGGCCUUGUGUCAGAACUUCUUUAGGCAACAGCCAGAAUCACUAUUGCAGCUACUCACUCCUACAUACAUCACAAAGAAAAGAGGAGAAUGGAAAGCUCUCAUUGCCAGACUUGCCAAAAAUUAGCUAUCAAACUGUAUCUGUGACUUUUGAAGUCUCUUCUUUCUGCCCAUCCCCAUUUAUUGGAUGGCUGCAGUCUCAGUGCCUGAAGGAAGCUGCCUAGUAGAGGGAAGCUUAGUGUUCUCAUUUUUCCCUGGAAGAAUGUCAUCCUCUGCAUUAUCCAAAUGGAAAGUUUCACUUUAACCCUAACUUGAGAGCAGUGUGCAAUGUGACAAUUUCUUCAAGUUAUGUAUCAAAACCUUAAAACCACGCUAUCUUAACAUUUAUUAAUUCCCUUUUUGUCUCCCUUAUCCACAUUGGCUUAUUCCAGAGGAAAAGCAAUGAUCUUUAAAGAAAUCAAGUAUACGUGAAAUCUAGAGGAAUGCACGAAGAACGUUAUAGAAGAAUCAACGUAUUGCACAGAGAUCAACUGGCUAGAAGCAGGUCAAGAUCUAACCUAAUUCAAGAUCUAAAUAUUAGAAUCAAAUACUCGUUUCUGUGGUAUCUCUUCCAUUCACCAUGCAGAGGCUUUCCUGGCUAUCUUUGUAACCUUUGCAGAUAUUUGAUAAAAAUGAUGUUAGCCCAUCUUCCCCCAUCUGAUUCCUGGACUGCUUUAAGAAAGGGGGGAUCUUGGGCGCCUGGGUGGCUCAGUCGUUAAGCGUCUGCCUUCGGCUCAGGUCAUGA